AUGAAAGUAAUUGAGCAAGGUAAUAAUACUUGUAAUAAUACUUCUCAAAAUAGAGAUGUAACAGAAGAUGGAGUAAAUAAAUAUAUCUUAAACAAAUUAAUAUUAAUAUUUAAUAAUAACAUUAAGUGUAUUCCACCGAAUGAAGAAACGUAUGAUAUAGAAGUGGAUAAUAUUUCAAGGGAAAAAAAAUGUAAGGAAAAUGAGGAGCUAAUAAUCAGUACAAAUGAAAUAUCUGUAAAUGUUGAGAAAAAAAAUUUCGUAGUAGAAAAUAAUGGCUUAAAAAAAAGUACUGCGUGUUUAACAGAAAUGAGCAACAUUAAUAAUGAUAAUAUUAAUAAGGAUAAUAUUAAUAAGGAUAAUAUUAAUAGGGAUAAUAUUAAUAAGGAUAAUAUUAAUAGGGAUAAUAUUAAUAAGGAUAAUAUUAAUAGGGAUAAUAUUAAUAAGGAUAAUAUUAAUAAGGAUUAUAAUAAUGAUGAUAAUAAUAAUGAUAAUAUUAAUAAUAAUAUUAUUAAUAAUAAUAAUAAUAUUGGAAGUGAAAAUAAUAACUGUAUGAACACUCCAAACAAUAAUAAUAAUAAUAAUAAUAAUAAUAAUAAUAAUAGUAUUAAUAUAUUUGAAAAAGAUGAUAUUAAUCAGAUGCAUCAAAAAGAGAGUAAUUUUAUCGCACAAUUAAAAAGAGAAAACGGAUUGGAUAUAUUAAAUAAAGAAGGCUUAUUAGAGAGAACUCAUAGUAUUAGUAUUAAUGAUUUAUUCAAAUUAAAUUCAGAUAUAUGUUUUAAUAUUGACAGCACGUUAAAAAAGAAUAACCUAGGUGAAUUGUUAGCUAACGAAAAUGUACCUAGAAAAAAUGAGAGAUGGAAAAGAUAUAUAAAAAAUAUUGAACCAUUUUUAGAUGUACAUACUAUUAUUAAUUUAAGUCAAACAUGUAAAUUUUUUUAUAAAAGAAAAUUUAAAGUUGCAUAUAAUAGAUUAAUUUUUAAAAGUUAUUUAGGAUAUAAUCCUAAAGUAUUAUAUGAAUAUGUUUUUCCAGUCAUAUAUAGACAUUUACAUAGAUCAGUAAGAAGAAGAUUAUGUCUUGAUUUUACUUUAUGUACAUUAAUUAAAGAUAUAACUGUAGCUAAUAUUUUAAAUGAAAUAUAUAAUUUCGAAUCCUUAAAUACGAAACAUUUAUUUAUAUAUAAUUUACAAGAAAUUUAUUUUGAUUAUUGUCAUCAUUUGACAGAUAAAACAUUAGAAGUGUUAGCUCAAACAAGGCUACCUUCAUUAAAAACAUUAAGUAUUAAAUGUGUUAGAAAUAAAUAUUUAACAUGUGCACCUUUGACUGUUAUGUUAAAGAAAAGUAAUUGGCCUGUAUUUACAAAUUUCAUAUGCUCUUUUUCAAAUGCUUGGUUAGAACCUAUUUUUAUCAUAUCAAAUUUUAUAAUUAAUCGGGCAAAUAAUCAAAAUCAUAUAAUAUAUCACAAAUUAAAAAAUUUAAAAAAAACAUUAGAAAAUAUGAAAAAUUUCGAUAAUACUAGUAUAUGUACAAGUUAUGAUGAAACAAAUAAAAAAAUAAUUAAUGAUAACAAUAGAUUUUAUUUUAUGAGUUUACAAAGUUGUACAGCAAAUAAUAUAAGUAGAUCAAGUUUUGACGAAGAACACAUAGCACAUUAUAAUGAUCAUAAUAUUAAUAAUAAUAAUAUGAAUACUAAUGCUGUUCAUCUUGAUACUCAUAAUGAUAAUAAUAAUAAUAAUAAUAAUCAUAAUCAUAAUAAUAAUAAUAAUAAUCAUCAUCAUUUAAAUAAUAAUAAUAAUAAUAGGAAGAAAUUAAAGUCUAUAUUAAACAGUGAAACAGAAUGUAGUAUUAGUCAAUCAGAAACAAAUAAUAAUUUUAAUUUAUUUAAUAAUUUCUUUUUUAAUACCUUUAAACAUUUUGGUUACUCCACAAAAAUACAAAAUAACGUGGGUGCAAAAGAAGCAAAUCUCAAAAUCACAAAUAAAAAAGAGCAAGAAACAGAUCACUUACAUGGUUCUAAUGUUGAUGCAGAUAAAGAUAAAAUAUUUGAAAGGAGUACAGAUAAUGAUGAUCUGUUAAAAAAAAAAAAUGUUCAUGAUUCCAUUGAGAAAUUUGUAGAAUUAUCGAAUGUUCAAAAUAAGUGGGGUUAUCUUAAUAAUAAAAUAAAAAAUGAUCAUAAUAUAAAUGGAUACAAUAACGACAAUAAUAAUAAUAAUAUUAACAAUGUUAGCUUACAUGACAAAAAAGAUAUCUUAGAUCAUUUCUUAUCUAGUGAAUAUUACGCCCCAAGUAUAAAUAAUAAUAAUAAAAGGAAAGACACUAUGAUAAACAAUCAAGAAUUAAAAAAAAUUAAUUCAAAAUCGAAUAGUCAUAAUGAUCAAGAAAAGAACAAUAGUCAUUUAAUGGAACAGAGCAACCUAUUGGAUGCACAAAAUUGUAAUGAUUCAGAAAAGGGUUCAGAAUCACAAGAAAAUAAAUAUAAAAUUAAAAUGAACAAUAAUAGUCAUGAUGACGAUUCCAUCACGUAUGAUAGUGAUAUAUAUAAAGAUGUAUAUGAAUAUAUUCAGGAAGAUGAUAAUAAAUGUGCGAGAGAAGAAAAUGGAAAAGUUGAUGAAGAAAAAAAUCAAAGAAGGGAUAAAAAUAGGUAUAUAAAUGAUAAUAAUAAUAAUAAUAAUAACUAUUAUUAUUAUGUAGAUCAAAAUAAUGGAAAGAUGAAAAAGAAUAUUCAAUUGAACGAUGAAAAUAGCGUAAUGGGCAACGAUGGGGAAAGAAACAAUAGUAAUAAUAAUAUUGGUAGUAAUUAUAAGAAGAAAAAAUUAGAAAAGAAAUCUUUUGAAGAUAACAAAAAGAAGACCAGAAUUUGUCAUAAGAAAACAAAAUUAUUAACAGCGGAAAAUAUAUUCUGUAUGAAUAUUUUACAUAAUAAUGUUAAUACAUUUGAUGAAGAGGAAGAAGAUGAUGACGAUGAUGAUGAGGAAGAUGAUGAAGAAAAAAAUUUAAAUAAAUGUAGAUGUAAUGGGAAAAGUUGUAUAUAUACAACAGAAGAAAUUAAUUUUAAAUGUGAUUGUGAUGAUUGUCCAUUUUCGAAUGGUUAUAAAAAUUUAAUAACUGUAGAUGAUCCAUAUAUACAAUCACAUUUUGUACAGCCUAAUUUAGAUAUUUUAGGUUCAUGGGGUAGUAAAUGCUUUCUAGAAAGUAUUGGAUUAGAUAUAUAUGUAAAGGGAUAUAGUGUAGCAUUAAAAAAUGAGAAUAUAAAAAUAUGUAUUAAAUUAAGUAAGAAAAUACAAGAAGAAUUAUAUGAGUUAAGCAAAAGUGAAAAGUAUAAAAAUAAUAAUCUUGUAUAUCUAGUUAGAGAUAAAGGUAGUGAAUUAUUAUCUAAUACACCAUUAACAAUAGAAACAGAUGAUAAUGCAGGAAUAGAUAUGUGGACUUUACCUAUAUCAUUAGCUAUUAGUAAAAAAAAUAGAUAUUUAUUUUAUUUAGUAUUAAAGGGAGGAGCCAAAAUUGAUAUAUGGGAUUAUUUAGGGAAGUCUCCUUUAUAUAUUGCCUGCGAACAUGAAUGUAAGGAGUUUGUUGAGGUAUUGUUAGAAGAAAGAAGAAAGCGAAAAAAGCGGAAUAAUAUAAUACAAUAUGCUUAUAAAACAUCCACAAACGCGGAUAAUGAUAAAGAUGAGGCACCAACAAGCAACAACAAUAAUGGUAACAAUAAUAGUAACAAUAAUGGUAACAAUAAUAGUAACAAUAAUGGUAACAAUAAUGGUAACAAUAAUGGCAACAAUAAUGGCAACAAUAAUGGUAACAAUAAUAGUAACAAUAAUGGCAACAAUAAUGGUAACAAUAAUGGUAACAAUAAUAGUAACAAUAAUAGUAACAAUAAUAUGCUACCUGGAUAUAAUAAUGACAAACCAGAAAAUUUAAAAAAAAGUUUUAGUUCUGAAAAAUACAGCAGUAGUAAAGAAGCCUUAGAAGAGGAAUGCCCAUAUGACAGUAAUAAUAAUAAUACAUGUAAUAAAAAUAAUAAUGAUGAAGAUGUGGAGUCUAAUAAUGCAGAUGCUUUAAAAAAAGUAGAUAAUUCAAAUACCAUAUGUAUUAGUCCAUAUGGUAAUACUUGUGAUAGUUAUUAUGUUACAUAUCCAUUUGAUAUAGAAAAUGGAUAUAUACCUAUAAAUAUAGCUGUAAAAAAAAAAAACUUUUCUAUUGUAAAUUCAUUAGUUAAAAAUGGAGAAAAUUUAAAUAUUAUUUGCCCAUUUGUAAGAGAUUAUAAAUCUCCCUUAUAUUUAGCAUGUGAAAAUAAUAUUAGUGAAAUUAUACAACUGUUGUUAGAAAAUAAAGCUAAUCCGAAUUGGUGUUAUCAUAAUAAAUUUACACCAAUCCUACUAGCAUAUAAUUUAAAUAAGGCAUGGGUAAAUCAUUUUAUCGAUGCAGGUGCUGGAGAAAAACCAUGUGAUAGGCAUAUAUUAACUGAAGUAUUAUCAUGUGCUAUAUUUAAAAAUGAUUUAUCAACUGUUCAGUUGUUAUUAAAAAAAUAUCCUCAACUUAUACAAAAAGGACAUAAUUUGUGGUCUUUACCAUUUAUUCAAGCAGCUAAAUUAGAGAGAUUAAAUAUAUUAAAAUAUUUAUAUUCUGUAAAAAAAGAAAUUAUUAAUCAGUUAGAUGCCGAAAAUGUAUUAUCUCCUAUUCAUGUUGCUGCGGAAGAAGGGCAUGUGGAAGUAUUAAAAUUUCUUUUAGAAAACGAAGUAAACAUUAAUCUCACCAAUAAAUAUCAUCAAAAUGCUUUACAUAUAGCUUGUCUAGAGAAUCAGGAAAAAAUCGUACAUUAUUUGUUAAGUCAUAAUAUUGAUAUUAAUUGUAAAGAUAAUAUUAAUGGUGAAUGUCCAUUAAUGAUAUGUAUAAGAACACGAAAUGAAAAUCUAGCUUUAUUAAUUUUGAAUGAAGGAAAAAAUAUUAAUUAUAAUCUUACUAAUAUACAUGGAGAAACAUCUUUAAUAUAUUCUAUUUUUUAUGGUUUAUAUGAUGUUGCAGAUAUAUUAAUGAAAAGAGGAGCUGAUGUAUCUGUACGUGAUAUUAAUGGUGACAAAUCGUAUAACGUUGCUUGUGAAAGAGUAUUAUCACAUAAAACAUGUAAAAAGGUUUUAAAAAAAUUCCUUAAAUUGUAUCGCUCACAAAAUAAAAACUUCCUACCAAAAAAUAGUAAAAUUAAUAAAAAAAAUAAAUUCUACCAAUCGUAUCAAACUUUAAACCAAAGCUUUUUAAGUAUAUUCCGUAUAAAGAAAGAAAAGAAGAAUAAAAUCAUGUCGUAUUCAAUAGAAAAUGAUAGGAUCCACUAA